CUGCUGGCACGCUGGGGAGUGUGCCUCUGAUCACCACUUGUACUCAAUUACCAAUCAAAAUUUCGUUACGCUGACUGAGCGCCGUGUUUCUGUGGUCCUUUACAUCGUUAUUACAAAGUCAACACCUCAAUCACAUAACUGAGAGGGAGUUUGGCAGACGAGACGGGGAAAAAAAUGCAGAGAAGGAACUAGAAUGAGCGGUAUGGUUAGGGGACUCUUUCAUCACCUGCCGCGCUUCAUGGAGUCGGACAGCAAAAGUUUCCAGCCCUGGAGAGACUACAUAGGACUGUCGGACACAAUCAGAGAGAUCCUGGGACGGAACUCCUCCAGUGAGGCCUCACUGCCAGUCUCAGAUGACCUGUGCGAGGCACUGGGGUCUGUGCGCAUUGACACAGUUUGCCAAAGCAGCGACCUCGGGGCAGUCUGUGCGUCACAUCUCGCCGCUGAAUCUACACUGCUAGGCUCUUUGGCUCAUCAGCGUCCACCUGAUGGUUUGUGGUACGCGUCAGACUCCUUUCGUGCUGAUCCACCAGACGCGGUGGAUUUGAAGCUAGUGCCAAGACCGACGGGCUCCCGGGGGCCAAAAGAGCGCACGAAGACAACUCGUUUUAAAACACCGGAUCCGCCAGCUUUACCUCCGUCACCUGAACGCAUGUUCUGCAGUUUCUGCAAGCACAACGGGGAGUCCGAGUCGGUGUACGGAUCCCACUGGCUGAAGAACCAGGCCGGAGAUGUUUUGUGUCCCUAUCUGCGGCAGUAUGUCUGUCCUCUGUGCGGAGCCACGGGGGCCAGAGCCCACACCAAGCGCUUCUGUCCAAAAGUGGACAGCGCGUACAGCUCCGUGUACGCCAAGUCCAGACGCUGAACCAACAAGUGGCGGGUAGCAAAUAGACACAGAAGGCUGAAUCCUCCUUUUUAUUUGAGUGUGAUUUUAGUUUAUUAGCAUGCGUGUGUUUUUGCUUUUGUGUUUCGGUUUGGUUUUCAUUUGCAUGCGUUUGGCUCGUUUGCUGUGUAGCCUUCUAUGAUGCUGAUUGGAGUUAUUUUCCAGCUGGACUUUUUGUUGGCCUAGCCUUCUCUAACAGCGUCCGUUUGGUGUUUAGGUUUUGUAGGUAAUUUAAUGAACGACUGCCAGAUAUUAUUAUGUUUGGGAGGAGAAAAAAAGAGACAUGUUUCAAAGGAAAAUGUAUGUUUGUUUUACAUAUUUUUAAAACGUGGCCGUCUGAUGUCCAGUUUCAUAUCUCCUGUCCAUGCAUUGAAAGAUUCUAAUGCUAUCAAACCUUUUUAUAAGACCCACAGUCAUCAGUAAUAACCUUACUACAGCACGUUAACAUCAUGUGACCAUGUCAGCAUUUUAAAUUUUUAAAAAUACGAGUGACUUGUUCUUGUUCUGAGGUGUAGGUAAAUAGCUGUUCUUGAGGCAUGUUAAUUUUAUUUUGAAUAUUGUACGUGUGGCUCUACUAAUAUGCCACUUCAGCUCUUCUGACUUUCUUGGGGAAACAUCUGUGUGAAUAUUCUUGUAUGUCAGAAAUUAUAAAUGUCUAAAUUGACAA